AAUUACAUCGCCCCUCAUGCCAGAGGAAAACCAUAUAUGGUCGUGGAAGUGGGUGUGGCGAGCAGAGUGGAGAGGAUCACAAGGAUGAGCCGAAAGAAUGUGUUAUUCGAUUGAGAGAGCGUUCUACAGCGGGAGAAACAAGGCCGCAUAAGACCACGGAUGUGUUGUGUACAUGUAGGCUAUUUGUGCAAUAGUAACGCAAUAAUGUGCAACACUUCUUGUGCGACAUUGUCCAUAUUUCUGCAGAUCGUUGCUCCAUUUUGGACCGGAUAGCACGUUUGUUUUAAUGACAUCGAUCUACCUCAUUCUUUGACUUGAAAAAUAAUAGUGAGGUCAGCAUAGAAUGACUCAACGCUAGAGAUGCAUGCAGUCAUAUCUCCGUUCGAUUGCACACUGUGGGGCGCGUGGACCCGGGGACAGUUGCUGCACUGGUGGUCACCGCAGAAACAUGGCAAGCACAGGUGUCUCCCAUGAAUGAACGAGCCAGUGGACAUCCAGAUAUCUCUAUCAGCAACGGCAACCUCUCAAUAAGGCAGGAAGAGGAGUUCAAGGGGAGAAGGAGAGGAUUGGGUUUUGUCUACGUUCAAUCCAACUCCUUGGCUUUUGGUUGCAUAUGUGGUUUGGUGAUUUCCGUUAAAAUAUGCAACCCCCUCUCCCAGGGUGUGUGCUGUGAACUUUCUAUUCCCUUUAUCUUCAGAUAAGGCCAGUGGAAGAGGACCACUUUGGGACAUACGUUGAUUGGUGGUCUGUGUGGUUGGGGGACUGUUAUGCACCUAGUACCCCAUAGUCCCCCCACCUCGCCCCAUUAUUCAUGCCAGCCAUGAGUUUACCCAACAGUAAGAGAACAGGCAAACGCAUCUCUUUUUUCAACGACCAAGGAGUGGCGAUGAAGGAGACGUCUUCUCAGCAGAAUCCACAAGGUUCUUACUACGACCUUGGUGCCCCAGCCUCAGAUCCUGGUCCUGGCCAGAGUAAGGCUGCAGGCACCGUCACCUCCACAACCUCCAACCCAGAGGCUCCACAUACUGGUAUGUACCUCAACUCAGUGAUCUUCAGUCCAGAGAAAGGAGACCAGAGUCGGGGACAUUACCAACAGACUGUACCCAUGAAGUGGGCACACCAGGACCCAGCAGCUCAACCACAGCCUCAACAGAGAACUGGGACUGGGAACUGGACACAGGGUGUCACAAACUGGGGGCAGAACUUUGCUCCGUACCUAGGGGGCGUCAACGUCAGUGACUCACGGUCCCAGACCCAGACUGCCUUUGCCAAGCAGCAGAUCCGUGAGGGGCCUCCACCCCUGCAGCCACAGCCUCCUAGUAGGGCUGCAGAGAAGCAGCCUCCCCAGCAGCAGGAGGUGGUUAACCCGAACCCUCUGCCUGCUGGAGGAGAGGCCUACAGAGAUGUUAGAGACGUGGCCAAGCCUCGCAGCCUAGAGUGGGAGCAGCAGCAUCAGGCUUCCCAACAGCAACAGCAGUCCCAGACUCAGGCAUUCCCACAGACCCUUAAGCCUGGGGCUCUAAAUGCCCAGCAGCACAGCACAUCCAACCCUGGGAGCAGCUCCGUGCUUCAGCCCUUCCAGCUAGCCUUCGGCCAGCCUAAGCAACACCUAACGGCUGGCUACUACCAGGUGUUUCAGGGGGGCAAUAGGACUUUACCUAAUCUGAACUACAAUGCCCAACAGCCCAAACCCCAACCACAUCCACAGACCCAACAGCAUCCACAGCUCCAGCAGCAGCUGCAACAGACCCAACAGCAUCCACAGCUCCAGCAGCAGCUGCAACAGACCCAACAGCAUCCACAGCUCCAGCAGCAGCUGCAACAGACCCAACAGCAUCCACAGCUCCAGCAGCAGCUGCAACAGACCCAACAGCAUCCACAGCUCCAGCAGCAGCUGCAACAGACCCAACAGCAUCCUCAGCUCCAGCAGCAGCUGCAACAGACCCAACAGCAUCCACAGCUCCAGCAGCAGCUGCAACAGACCCAACAGCAUCCUCAGCUCCAGCAGCAGCUGCAACAGACCCAACAGCUCCAGCAGCAGCUGCAACAGACCCAACAGCAUCCACAGCUCCAGCAGCAGAUACAACAACGACAACAGCAACAGAAACAAAUAUUACAGCAACAACAACAAAUGCAACAACAACAUCAGAAGAUGCAACAGCAGCAAAUGCUUCAGCAUCAACAGCAACUACAACAACAGCAACAACUACACAUACAACAAGAGCAACAGUUACAACAGCAACAACAAAUACAACAGCAACAGCAAAUACAGCAACAAUUGCAACAACAACAACCCCAACAUGUUCUAGAAUACUACCCCAGCAGCCAGAACCCACCUACCCACCCACACCCUCACUCCCAGGCACCCGUGUUAGUGCCCUCCCAAGAGCCCUGUGCUCAGGCAGCAUCCUCCCCAGACCUCCAGGAGAUGUCCCCAGACCCUCCAAACAUCCCCCCCCACACAGACUCCCAGCUCCCCCCCACGGAGACCCAGCUCCAACCUCCCCAUAUCCAGCUGCAGCCUCGAAGGUCCAGGAGACUCUCCAAGGAAGGUGGACCACCACCAGUUGGAAACCCCUUCCUCAUACCAUCUGAUGGGGCCCAGAAUGGGGCCUCUGAGGAGCCAGGUGGAACCCCUGAAGGUGGAGCCCCUGAAGUCCACGUUGCCCAGAUGGCCCCUACAGGGGUCAUCCAGAGCACACGCAGGAAACGGAGGGUCUCCCAGGAGGUUAACCUGGAGACGCUGGCCCAGAAAGCCUCAGAGAUGGAGUCCCUACCGCCACACAUCGUCAAGGCACAGCACCACAGGCCCUGGAGCCCCCAGAGACCAGUGCCAGGGCGAGGGACCAUGGACAGGGAUUCAGGGGGCCACAGUGCCAAGCGGCCCCGUGAUGAGAGCAUGAUGCCCCUGGUCAUCCCUGUGUCAGUCCCUGUACGGAGGCCAGACCCCCCCUCGUCCUCGUCCUCCCCAGACGGGGAGCACUCUACCCCGGAGACAGGCCGGCCACAAAGAUCCUUCACCCUCCAGGACGUGACCAGUAUGGACGGCAAACCCUCCGUCAUUGUCACUGGCAGGCGAUCUCUCAGGAACUCUCUGUCAGAGAGCUCAGGACAAAACGGCGGAAUCGAGGGAGGGAACGACAACGACGGCAAGAAGCCCAAACGCCGUCCCCGGCCCGAACCCCUCUUCAUCCCGCCUCCCAAGCCUGGCACCUUCAUCGCCCCUCCUGUCUACUCCUGCAUCACCCCCUACCAGAGCCACCUCCGCUCCCCUGUCCGGCUAAUAGACAACCCCCUGACCAUGCCGCCCUACACCCCCCCGCCCAUCCUCAGCCCGGUGAGAGAGGGAUCAGGUCUCUACUUUUCUACCUUCCUCUCCUCUGCUGCAUCCAGCCAGGGUCUGCCUCCACCCAGGGUCUGCCUCCAGCCAGGGUCUGCCUCCAGCCAGGGUCUGCCUCCACCCAUCACGCCCAAAUCAGCCACACGCAGCCUGCUGCGAUCCAACAGCGUUGACAUAACCCCACCACUGCUCUCAGCGAUCGGUGAGGCCACUCCAGUCAGCAUAGAACCGCGUAUAAACAUCGGUGUGAGGUACCAGGCAGAGGUACCAGAGCUGAGGCAGCGUUCAGCGGCCCAACAAGACCAUCCCAAGGCUGAGCUGGUCUGGGCUCCUCUCCACGAUCUGGAGGCUAAACCUGGAGACCAGGAGAGAGUGGAUGACCUCAUGAACCUGGCGUGCUCAAGCGCUCUGCACGGCGGAGGGACCAAUCAGGAGCUGGCUCUGCACUGCCUGUACGAGUGCAAGGGUGACAUCAUGGAAGCGUUGGCCCUCCUGCUAUUGAAAAACCCCAUCUUCCCAAAGAACCACCGUCUAGGAUACUACCACUACUCCGGGUCAGACAGCUGGACCCCAGUAGAGAGAAGUUGCUUUAACAAAGGGAUCGCUGCCUAUAAGAAAGACUUCUUCAUGGUCCAGAAACUGGUAAGCACUAAGACGGUGGCUCAGUGUGUGGAGUUCUACUACAGCUAUAAGAGGCAGGUGAAGACGGGUCGGAACGGAGCUCUGAUCUACGGAGACACGGACCCACCUGAGAGCAGGAACACUGAGGAGGAGCUGGACCACAAGAGCUCUCAGAGCUCUCAGAGAUUAGAAUCUCGGAAGGAAGAGGAAGACAACAGGAAUUGGGAGGGGUCAAUUGACAGGAAGCAGCGGGGCUCCAGUCCAAGCAGGAUGACACAGACGUUACAGGCCACAGAGAACGCUGGAGCGGUCCUGGUGCUGAAGACACAGGACGAUGUGAGGAGAGACCAGAUGUCUUCCCGGGUCAGUCACCCCCCUCAGCCCCCUCCCAGCGCCCCCUCGAAACCACGGCCGCCUCCCAAGACCGGGACCAUAUCAGGGACCAAGGGCCCCGCCGGACCAGAGGGAGAGUUCCCUUGCAAGAAGUGUGGCCGGAUCUUCUACAAGGUGAAGAGCCGCAGUGCCCACAUGAAGAGCCACGCGGAGCAGGAGAAGAAGGCCGCAGCUCUGAGGCAGAAGGAGGCGGAGGAGAGGGCAGCGGCCCAGGCGGCGGCAGAGGCUGCAGCGUUACUGGCUGCGCGGCAGAACGGGGAACGGGAGGGGAACACAGCUGGAGGAGACAGCACAAACGAUGACUCAUCUGAGGAAGAUGAUGAUGAAGAGGAAGAUGAGGACUGGCACUAAGACCAUAGAGAGAAAACGAGCCCACCCCACCUGUCUUUGCCAUUAUGGCAAGUGCACGCUCAAUCUAUCUGGCUAAGACAGACAGACAGACCUCUCCACUGGCAGGGUGAGGGGUAACAAACAGAACAGAGCAGAACUCUGAGGCCUCAGAACCCUAGCGCCCUCGAGUGUUCAGCUACGGCUCCUAGUGCUCAAGGGACAUUUUACGCCCUCUUGUUACGCCCUCUUGUUACGCCCUCUUGUUACGCCCUCUUGUUACGCCUGCUUUAGCAGCAUUUCUCUCUGGAAACAAACUGUCUUUAUAAACAAACUGCUUUUGUAUUGUUUCAUGGAACAGGAUCUCCUAUCUUGACACUUUCAGGGACAAGUUCUCUCACACGUUUUCUCCCUCUUCCCUUUAACCUGCUUGUGAAGUGUUCAGGGGUUAACUCUCUCUCAGGCACACAGUAGGGUAGGAAAGAAAGCCAUGCCAUCUCUCUCUAACACCAAUACUUUCCUUUCUCCUGUCUGCCAUCCACCCCUGGCUUCUUCCUCUUCCUGCCAGCACUUUCAGCCAAUCACAACACACAGACUCAUCAGGUGGGAACUAUAUAGCCACGCCCCCAUCGCAGUCUUUAACAACUAGAAUAGUUUGUGAUGCCUGGCAAUGCAAGACUACAUGAGCCACAAUGCAACCCAGCUUGGCCACUGCUUUCUCUACUCUCUGCUCCCCAGUUUGAUAUGUUAUUAUGAAUAGAAGGACACCAUAUGAGUGAUUGGGGCCAUGCAAUAUUGAAGUUGAAAGGACUUCCAGGUCAUGAAAAGCCCAGAUAGACUGAUGUGGUGGUAACACCAAAGAUGGUGGAUAAAUGAAGAUUUCCCACUCAGGCCGUUUACCAUUGAAAAAAAUGGUCAGUUCCAGUCUGCUUAAGGGGGUGGCUCUCCCAUAGGCACCAAUGCUUUAGUAGCUGGGUCUGAUCCGCUUAGUUCAUUGACUGUACAUGAACCAGAAAAGGUGGGAUGUCUCACUUCUUCCAUCUCUCGUAACACUGCCUGUGUGGAGGCUUACCUACAUGUGAAGGAAGGAACAGUUUAGAGAACAGAACACACAUCGUUGUGUGACUUUCAGCUUUUUUCCUGUUUGGGACUUUUUCACACACUCAAGGCUGCCAAAAGCUUGCACAGAUGCGUCGGUCCUCAGUUCACCAAACUGGUUUCGUCUUAGUUUCAAGUGCUGUUCUUUUGGGUUUUAGUUUUGUGAAUCCUUACCCUGAUCACUUUUUUAUAGUCAUCAUGUGGUGUUUCUCCUCACUGUCGAUGCCUUGGAUGUUUUUAACGCUUUUUAUCUUUGGAUGAACGACAAUCAAUUUUACAAAGGUUCUUUUUAUAUUCAACGAGUUACUGUUGCUUUUCUGCUUAUUAUAUCAAAUUGUUAAUGUUGUUUUUUGUUAAUAAUAUUGUUAUUAAUAAUGUCACUGUUGUCUCUUGUAUUAUUGUGAUUUUGGAUUGUUUUUGCGGCAGGUUGCUUUGGAGAUCUCUUUCUCAUUUGACUGUAGUUUAGGGUUAUUUAAGACAUUGCUUUCGCUGUCUGUUUUGAACUGUGAGGUUUUAGAAUUACAUCUAAAGACAGUCUGAGUAGAGAAGAGAUGUGAAACAGAAUUGUAAACGUGCAGUAGAUAGAACAACCACAUGAUCCCUGAUGACACCCUUCUUCCUUGUAUCCAGAUUAAAACGGUUUAGGUAAACUAAGGGUAGGGGUUAGGGUCAGGGUUAGGGUUGGGUUUAAAGCUAGGGUUUAGGGUAUGGACAUCCCAAAGAUUCCGGGAUAGCACUAACCACAUCAUUACGGCAGGAGGAAAGAGGGAGGAAAACAUGAUGAUGAUGUUGACUGUUGACUGUUGAAUGAUGUUGACUGUUGAAUGAUGUUGACUGUUGACUGUUGAAUGAUGUUGACUGUUGAAUGAUGUUGACUUGAAUGGGUAUGUCCGCUCUAUUUAUUCUAUGCCUAUAGUCUGGACUCUUAGAAAAGGAUGUCUCUAUCUAUCUGACUAUCUUAUUGUCGACAUAUCUCGUUCUGCCAAGCUCCAUAUCUCUAUCGCCUCUGCCAAGCGCCAGACCAGACUCUAUCUGUCGCCAAGGCAACAAACGAGCAGGCUGAAGAUUCUUCUCCUUAAGCAGUCAUCCACAGUGGGGAGCAGAGAGGAACGGCUCCUAUUACUGGGCCCAGUUAAACCUACCUGGGUACUAUGCACUGUGUGUGUGUCAGAGGAGGCUGGCGGGGAGGGCUAUAGGAGGACGGGCUCAUUGUAAUGGAAUACAUGGAACAGUAUCAAACAUUUACAUUUGAGUCAUUUAGCAGACACUUUUAUCCAGAGCGACUUACAGGAGCAAUUAGGGUUAAGUGCCUUGCUCAAGGACACAUCGACAUAUUUUUCACCUAGUCAGCUCGGGAAUUCCAACCAACAACCUUUCGGUUACCGGCUCAAUGCUCUUAUCUCCUGGGCUACCUGCCACCACCAGAAACAACGUGUUUGACUCCAUUCCACUGAUUCCAUUCCAGACAUUACAAACAGCCCAUACUUCUAUAGCUCCUCCCACCAGCCUCUUUGGUGUGUGUGUGUUUGAGUGUGUGAUGUGUAUGCAUUCUGGAGCGUUUGUGAGUGUGUGGAAUGCCACUUGCAAGUUUGCUUUUUCUAGUCAAAUAUCACUCUAAAAUAUAAUUUAGCCAGUUGAGGUUUUAUCCUGACUGUUCUCUUUUGUUAUCUCAAUUUAUCUCUCCUUACCCUUUUUUUAUUAUUAUUUUUCUCCCAACAAGAUUGUCAUGGGCAAUUGUUUGUUUUGAAAUGUUAUUUUAAUACUGUAAAACAGAAUUAAGGAGGAAAUUGAGGGAGGGCAUGCCACGAAUGCCAAGAAGCUGGAAGCCUUAUUCACUUUCAUUCAAUUAGUUAAGGGAAUAAAACACUUUACAUUUUAUUUACAUUAAGAAUAUCUAUGAAUUAAACUCUAUGAAUGCAUACUUUGUAUGCUAUUUUCUUAUGGGGUUCAUUUCACACUAAUGAUGUAAAAUGGAAUGGAAUCUCAAGUGCUUUUUACUACAAUAUAACUUAUUUGGUUAAAUUAGAUUUUUACUGCCUGUGUGUUUUUGUAAUAAAAAAUGGGGAAAGCACUGUUUAUUAAAAUGUUACAAUACUCAUGAAA